AUGCUCAAAUACCAGUCCAUCAUGCUGAAUCUCCGGAUUGGUACUAUCAACUGCCGCACCCUGAGCUCCAGGACAAGAAUUGCCGCGUUGGAAGAGGCCACAAUGGAGGUACCUUUCGAUAUAAUCGGAUUAUGCAGUACACAAAGAAGAGGAUACGAAGUUUUAAAAUUACAGCUAAGUGGUCAUAUGAUUUUCUUUUCCGACUCAACAGGGUUUCUGGUCAAUAAGAAAUGGAUUAAUUGCUGUUUUUUUCACCCUCUUUGUGACAGAGUCUCAUACAUCGACAUUCUCACAAAAACCAGCCGCUUUCGUGUAAUUCAACUGUACGCACCAACGACUGACUAUGCCGACAACGAAUACGCCGAUUUCCUUCAAAUUGUUUCUGAAGCACUGCUAUCACGCUUCCAAAGUCCUCCACAAAUUAGAUAUUCCACAUACAAAGUUGUCGUUGGAGAUUUCAAUGCUAAAGUCGGAUGUGGAGAAUUGGGAGAGAACUUUAUAGGGCCAUAUGGUCUAGGAACGCGCAACCGAAGAGGAAACACAUUGGCUAGUUUCUGUUCGGAAAAUGAGCUUUAUCUGAUGAAUAACCGCUUCCCAAAAAGGCUUACCAGAAAAUGGACAUGGAUAUCUCCUAAUAUGAAAACAAGAAAUGCCAUCGAUUUUGUUUUAUCAACGAACCCCUCCAUUUUCCUUGACGUGGACAUCAUCGGUCGGUUCCACUUCGAUAGUGAUCAUCGACUCGUCAUGGCAAAAAUUCGUCUGCCGUCUCAAUUCCAUUACUUUCGAAAUAACUGCAAAUGUAAGACAGUUUUGAAUAGAUCAAUUUUCCGUUCUACUUUAAAACAACUCGCAACUGCCGCCGAUCUAAGUAAUUAUGAGCAACUGAAAGCUACAAUAAAAAUAGCCGCUACUGUUGCUACAUCCAGGACAAAAGAGACCCACAUUUCCGAUACGACAAGAAAACUGUAUGAAAUUCGACAUCGACUUUUACAUAAACAGUCUGCUAAAAACGCUGUGGAAUUUUCAAUUGUCAGCAAAGCACUGCGGCUCUCUUUGAAAACAGACAUCGAGCAGAAACAUCUGAUGCGAUUACAUCAAGCAAUCUCUAGAAGUGUUAGCCUUCGAAGAGCUCUACAGGCGAACCAAAUCUUCACAAGAACAUUGACACAACUGAGGAAAGAAGACGGCUCAGUCGCGGGAUCUCCUGCUGAAGUCGCCAAAGCAGUCCAAGAAUUCUACAGCCAGUUAUUCUCCUCAAAAAAAAAAUUACCUGCAUCAAUUCCAUGGUAUCAACUUGACGAUGUGCUACCAAUCCUAGCAGAUGAAGUAAGCCGUGCGGUGAAGAAAAUGAAGCUAGGAAAAGCGCCAGGACCAGAUUUGAUCACUGCCGAAUCACUGAUAACGGGAUAUGAUGUGGUCAAAGAUUCCUUGAUCAAACUUUUUAAUGACUGUCUUGAGAGAGAAAAGCUUCCGAUUACGCUUUCCGAUUCUUCAAUACUGUUGUUGUUUAAAAAAGGGGAACAACUUGAUAUCAACAACUACCGUCCUAUUGCACUGUUGUCCGUCAUAUAUAAGGUAUUUAGUUCGAUCAUUUUACAAAGAAUGAUGGCUUUCCUAAAAAUCAACCAACCCAUCGAACAGGCUGGCUUUCGACGCAACUUUUCCACUUUAGAUCACGUUCACGUCAUUAACCAAUUGGUAGAGAAAAGCCUUGAGUACAAUUUUCCGCUGUACAUAGCUUUCGUUGACUACUCGAAAGCGUUUGAUUCUGUGGAACAUAACAUGAUAUGGACGUCACUACAUCGACAAGGAGUUCAUCCAAAGAUAAUUCGUCUUCUUUCGAACAUCUACACAUCUGCUUCUGUAACAUUUGAAAUAUGUGGUAAUCAAGUUCCUAUCAACGCUAGACGAGGUGUUCGACAGGGAGACCCAAUCUCUCCCUCCCUCUUCACUGCCGUUUUGGAAACCGUCUUCCGUAGCCUAGAUUGGAGAAACAGAGGUAUCAACAUAAAUGGGCUCCGUUUAAGUCAUCUCAGGUACGCUGAUGAUGUAGUUCUCUUCGCGCACAAACCACAAGAACUCCAAUUAAUGCUACAAGAAAUGAGCGACAAAAGCCAAAUUGUGGGACUAAGAAUGAAUUUCUCUAAGACUCUUGUCAUGACCAAUUCCGAAGAAAUACCGAUCUCAACUGAUGGAUCUCCUAUACAUUACUGCAGCAACUUUGUUUAUCUUGGUCAAUGCAUAUCCUUUGAUAGGAAUCUAACAACUGAGCUAAAUAGGCGAAUUCGCUCUGGCUGGAACUCAUUCAACCGAUUCCGUUCAUAUUUCACAAAUAGAAGGUUUCCAAUGAAAUUCAAACGUCGACUUUAUACAAAAUGUGUGGAACCUUGUCUCCUCUACGGCUGUGAAACUUGGGCUACAAGAAGCAAAGAUCUCAAGGCGCUACAGAUAGCUCAACGGCAAAUAAUGACAAGAAUGCUCGGUGUAACUCUUCUUAUGCAUCGUACGAACUUGUGGCUGGAAAAUACUGCAAAACUCCCAGAUAUCAGGGCUAGAGCGAUUGAAAGAAAGUGGACAUGGGCCAGAAAAAUGUGUACUGCAAAGGACAACCGAUGGACGAAGAUGAUUACCGAAUGGAGACCAUGGAUUUGGAAACGACAAGUUGGCCGACCAAAAACAAGAUGGAGAGAUUCGUUCGUAUCGGACUUUGGAGAAACAUGGAUGCGAACCGCUACUACUGAUGUGAGCAGAUGGAGACAAAGCAUGCAACGACACAUUGUAACAUUGUGA